GUAAGCAAAUCUUUUUCCAUCCGACCGAACUUCCCGACUAGAAGCAGGUAGCUUGGACUCAACCUCGUCAUCACAUACUUGUAAGUCAUGGACGUGCUUGACUUCUCCCUGCUUCCAACGUUCGUUCUCUCUUUCACACCAGACCAUCGAGAUUGGAUCCAGAGGCAUCCAUUGCCGGGCAAGCAACAAUGCACAUACCAUAGUACGCAACUACUUACCAUAACGGCCACGACUGCACACGGUUCUCCCCGCGAUCGGCGCGCUUCUCUUUUUAGUGUUGGCAGUGGUCGAUGCUCGUAGAGGUAGUGACCACCAACAGACACCAUUCACCUUCUUCGCACUGUCGCAGCGUCGUAGUAAGUAACUGAAGCCUCUCAGCUGUCUCCUCGGUCGCUGUUACAUCCGCUAGAUGCCGGCUCCGGCUGCCUACAAGUCCCCUACCAAGCAACAACCUUAUCUGAGCGGCAACCGGGAAAGCCCACCUUCCCUACCUACCUAGGUAGCUUUACCUACGUCGAUAUACAUACCACCACCGGACAACAACUCAACCUGCAUUCUCUUCCACGACCACCUUGCUGCUGUGCUGUCGCCUCCGCUCCCCAGUGUCAGUGUUCAUCUAACACACGACCGCCAGCAUUCCGUCUCGCUUCCAUCCGACCUUCAUCGCUUCUCACCAUCCAACAACGCUGCGGGAACGGACAUCGGUCCCGCGCCAGAUACGAUUUCACCGUGGCAGACCGAACCCCCAACCAACAAGUUCCCAUAGAUCCCCCAAACUCCGACCAACACUCAAACACCCCGCAACCUCCGGCUUCCUCUUCCAGCACUGUCGAACUUGCCCCAAUUUCCCCUCCACCCUUCCCAGCUGCUCCCCCGCAGCCACCGUCCGUGACGCCAUCGGUUCCCACCAGUCUCCCACCGUUAUACGUCCCUCAAGGCCCACACGACCGCCCGCACGCCUACACUCCGUCCCAAGUCCUCGGCCGCCGCCGACUAAGUGAUUUGGACGAAAACGGACAAGACGAAUACCGUCUAGCUUCGAUCGACGUCUCAGUCAGCACCACCUCUUCAGCAGCCGCUACUACGACCACUUAUACGUCCCUGCGACCACUCAAGCGAAGGCGCGGCAUCAUGUCGGCCGACAUCGAUGGCCAGAACUCGUCGAAUGGAGUUGGGCAGUCCGUAUCUAAUGGAUCUCGGGCAGAGAUCACAAUGGCGGUAUCUAAUGGAAAUGGGACGCUCAAGGCAGCAUCUGGCCCUCCAAAUGGAUCGGCCUGGGAGGCGAACCGCCCAAGGUUGCCAUCAGGGAAUUACCACGGCCACGACCGGGAACAGUUUACACGUCUCCUGAUACAGGCUAUGACGGAGAUGGGCUACAACGACGCAGCAGACAAACUCAGUCAGGACAGCGGCUAUCGACUUGAAAACCCUACGGUGGCUGCCUUUCGAGCGGCUGUCUUGGACGGUGACUGGGGAAAGGCGGAGGAGCUUCUUAACGAUGCGCAGGUUGCUGGAAUAGCAGAUCCUGGUUUGAGGGAUGGCCUGAUACUUGCUGCAGGAGCGGAUCGCAACAUGAUGAAGCUUUGGCUUAGACAGCAAAAGUACUUGGAGCUAUUGGAAAGGCGCGAAACACCACGGGCUUUGGUGGUGCUGCGGACGGAGCUCACACCGUUGUGCGGGGACCAGCACCAAAAGCUGGAGUUUCUGUCAAGCCUGUUAAUGUGUGCGAGUGCCGAGGACCUGAAGGAUAAGGCCGGAUGGGACGGUGCUCGCGGAGAAAGUCGGCACACCUUGCUCUCUGAGCUAUCUAAAUUCGUUUCACCUUCAGUUAUGCUCCCUGAGCACAGGUUGGCGGCACUUCUUAGUCAGGCACAAGAAAUUCAAAUUAGCAACUGCCUAUACCACUCGACCCUCCAAACACCCUCUCUUUACAAGGACCACGUGUGCGAUAGGAAGGCUUUUCCCACGAUUGCCAAGUAUAAGCUGGAUGAACACAACGGCAAUGAAGUGUGGCAAGUGAGGUUUUCACAUGACGGGACACGCUUGGCAAGUUGCGGCAUGGAGCGUCUUGUCAUCAUCUACAGCGUACCUGAGUUCAAAGUGCUACACAAGUUAGACACGGGCGAUGAGCAACACGACAACCGGGGUGUAGGUAAUAUCGCAUGGAGCCCGGACGACAAGAUGCUCGUCACUUGCGCAAUGAAUGCCAAAGUGUGGGAUACCGAGACUGGAGCGCUGCUCAGGACUAUCGACCAAUUCAACGAGCCAGUCAGUAGUUGCGCUUGGGCAAGCAACUACGUUCUUAUCACCGGGUCCUUCGACAAGGACAGGUCAAUCUGUUCCUGGAACUUCGGAUCAGCCGACGUGUACAAGAUCGUGUGGACGAAGGACCAUCGAACGGAAGACCUGGUGCUGUCCCCCGAUAGAAACUGGGUUGUUGCCCUGGACGAGCAAAAGCGGUUUCAUGUCUACAACUACCACACGCGCGAGCAGGUUUAUUCACAUGAGCUGAAGGAUAGAGGAACAUCACUCUGUAUAAGCCAGGACUCGACGUCUUUGUUGGUAAAUACACAGGUAGGAACAGCGAUUUUGUAUGACAUUCUCACCAAGGAUGUCAUUCACGAGUACAAUCAGCACAAGGGUGGGGAUUUCCUUAUCAGAACUUACCUUGGUGGCGCGAAUGAGGGUUUCGUCUUGUCUGGGAGCGAGGACGGAUCAAUAUAUAUCUACCACAGGUCCACGGGCACCUUGGUAGCGCGGCUUAAGGGAGCCCAUGCACCGCGUUGCAACUCUGUCACAUGGAACCCUUCAGAUCCGCGCAUGAUUGCCAGCUGCGGAGAUGAUGGGUUGGUGAAGAUUUGGUACCCCGAAUGGCCCGACUGGGAUGAGAGUAUGGAACACAGCGGCGCAAACAAUAACGGAAACGUCCACGUCACAGCAAGGCCGCGAUAGAAUCCAGAGAUGAGCUGGAACAGCGGACGUUGGUCCUUGCCGCUGGCAGCACGUGUGGUCCAUCAUUACUGGCCAUAUAAUAUUGAGGAACGACGACCAGCCCCACGUUUGUCCUUGCCGCUGGCAGCACGUGU